AUGGCCAGUGAAGGCCUCCCUCCAGUUUAUGGGCCAGCGGAACCUCAGAGCGAGAUCUUUGGAGAGGUGCGACCUCUUCUCUCCUCACUCCUGGAUGGGUACAACGUGUGCAUCAUGGCCUAUGGGCAGACGGGCAGCGGCAAGAGCUACACCAUGCUGGGCCCACAGCGUGGGGAUGAGCCUGCCGUGCCGGCCGACGCUGACGGUGACUGCGGCCUCGUGCCUCGAGUAGCCUGGGAGCUCUUCAGGCUGCUCUCGGAAGAGCCCACAGAGAGCCGGCAGGUGGAGGUGUCGGCGGUGGAAGUGUACAACAACAAUGUCUUCGACCUUCUGGCCGAAGGUGGCUCUGCUCGGGGACCCAGGGUCAAGCGUGAAGUGACCAUGAUCCAGGAAGGAAGGCCAGAGGUCCCCCUGUUGACCUGCCAGGCUGUGGGCAGUGCCGCAGAGCUCCUGGCCUGUGUCCGCCAGGGCCUGAGGCUCCGGGCGCAGCAGCCCACCCUCGUGCAUGCCAGCUCUUCCCGAUCCCAUCUCAUCGUCACUGUGACCUUGCCUGUGGCCCCCUCCUCCUGCAGCGGCCCCGGGAGUGAGAUGAAGCAAUCCUCUCCUGGCCAGCUGGGCAGCCCCCUGCUCCCGCAGAAGCGAGCAGGGCCCUCCCCUCCACGGCUUGUUCCCAGGGAUGAUGGCCACCACGGGCAGCAGGAGCAGGUGUGGCCCAAGCUGCAGCUGGUGGACCUGGCAGGCAGCGAGUGCGUGGGUGACUCUGGGGUGACCGGCUUGGCCCUGCGGGAGGCUUCCAGCAUCAACCGGAGCCUGGCUGCCCUGGCAGACGUGCUGGGGGCCCUGUCGCAGCGCCGGACCCAUGUGCCCUACCGCAACAGCAAGCUCACACACCUGUUGCAGGAUUCCAUUGGAGGCGAUGCGAAGUUACUGGUGCUGCUCUGUGUGUCCCCGGGCCGGAAGCACGUGGCAGAGACGCUGCAGAGCCUGGCAUUUGGGGCCCGAGCACGGCAGGUGAAGCGUGGCCCAGCUAGGAGGAAGGCACCCGGGGUGCCAGAAGGCAAUGUGCGAACUCUCCCCUGCCCUGCACAAAGCUGGGCAGACAGCGUGCCACAGCAGCCCCAGGGGAGCCUGCACGGCCGGCUGCACGCCGGUUGGAGCUCGGGCUGGCGCCGCGGCAGAACGGUGGGAAUGUGCACAGUCAAGGGGGAUGACGGGGAGGAGGUCAAGGAUCGCUGGAGCCCAGUGGGGGACAAGACCCUGGAGAACCUGUGGCUGGCAGGCUGGCCGGGGAGCCUCAGCCUGCUGCACUGUUCCCUCACCCUCAUCUUCUGUUGA